GAGUUUGUUUUUGGGUUAUUUUUGUCGUAUGUCCGUUUGUCUCGCGUCAUCUCAAUCUCCGUUGUCUACAGAAGCUCUUGCAACUAGUGCCCUAGGAGGUUCCUUGCGCGUCUUCAUCGUCAUCGUCAUCGUCGUCGUCUUGAAAUUGUAUUGAGAAGUUUGGACUGGGAUUGAUAGUGUAUCUGAGGUUGAGAGGUUCCAAUUGCUGUUUUUUAUUUUAAAUUUGUAUUGGAUUUGGGAAUUUAGAGCAUGUCAAGUAAGAAGGAAGAGAAAGCCCAGGUUGCGGCUGAAAGAAUCAAGGCUGCAGCCUUGAGUGCUGCAAAGGGUCUUAGUCGUGCCCAGGCUGAAAGGGCAGCGGCCGCAGCUGUACGAAAUGUUAAUGCUUAUGGCCAGAAGGAAGAAGGGCCUAGCAGAUGGCAGGAGAAGAGGGAAGCAAAGAGGCAGAUGUACUUGAUGAGUACUGAAAAGGCUGUAAGACUUGGUGAAAGAAAAGACCUUAAGCCUACAAUGUCCACUAUUGGUGGCAACGCACAAUGUCAGAAAUGUUUUCAAAUUGGACACUGGACAUAUGAGUGUAAGAAUGAACGGGUCUACAUCUCACAACCCUCACGCACCCAGCAACUCAAGAAUCCAAAGUUGAAGAUGAGGCUCUCAAUCUCCUAUGAUUUGGAAAACCCAGAUACCAUUAAGGAUGAAAAGGUUGAGAAGCAGUCAAAGAAAACUAAGAGGAAGCAUAGGUCACAUUCUGAUUCUGGCAGUGAUAGUGAGGCUUCGGUUUUCGAGACUGAUAGUGGGUCGUCGGCUGUGACUGGAUCUGACGAUUCUUCAGCAGAGAGUAGUACAGAUUACAGUUCGUCUUCUGAUUCAGAGGAAGAGAGGAGACGGAGGAGGAAGAAGAAGAAGCAGAGGAAGAGUAGGCGUAGGAGGUACAGCUCAUCUUCUGAGUCUUCUGAUUCAGAUUCUCCUACAGAUUCUGACUCUGGUGGUAGGAGCAGCCGGCGGAAGAGUAGGAGGCAUGGAAGAAAGCGCUGAAAGGAGGGCAAUUGCAUGUUAGAUGAAGCACUAGUGACAUUUUAAUCAGCUUCAGCCUUCAUGUGUAUUUUGACAGCCUCAUUGAGCUUAGCGUAUCAGUUGAAACCCCUCCAUAAUAAGCAUGCGGAACUAUUUGUGUUUCCUUUCCUUUAGCCAAUUGUUAUUAUGGUGUAAAGACUUAAUUGCUGUGAUAAGUUUGCAAUUAGGGGUGCCAUUAGAAAAGAUUCUGACCACUUCACUUAUUUUCUUGUUAGUAGUGCUGUGCCUCUUCUUACUAUAUAUCUUGUUUUUUUUUUUCUUCGAAA